AUGUCGACCACCAUAGAGGCUGAGACGCUGAAGCAGUACCUGGCCGACAACCCGCCUGCCAUUGUGCCCUUGGCCAUCAAGCCCCAUUUUGAGGCCUUGAGCGACAAGGAGAAGCUCUAUGCCCACCAUCUCUCCAUCGCCUGCUUUGCCGGAUCGCGCGUCGUCCUUCGCCAAGUCUCGCCUGAGUCGGAGUACAUCUAUGACUUCAUUGUCGCCCUGCACAAACACACAAAGGGCGACUAUGCUGCUGUCGUCAAGGAAGCCGGCCUCUCACAAGAGGACAUCGAUGCAUACCUCAACUACGCUGCCCAGUUCCUUGGCAAUCUGGGCAACUACAGGUCCUUUGGUGACUCUAAGUUCGUGCCCCGACUCCCGCCCCGCCAGCUCAAGGCCCUCGCCACCGUCUCCAAAGAUACACUAGCCCUAUACGAAAAGAUCAAAGACUCGAUAUAUGCAGGCGAUGAUGUCGGACAGCUGCACCUAGGCUAUCCGGGUGCAGGACACAUCUCGGCAUACUACCCUGACAGUCCCAACAUCACAAACGAGGAGAUAUCCAAAGUCAGCAAUUUUCUCGAGGGCAAGGGUCUUCUCCCAGAAAACACCAGAAUCAGGAAGACAGACAAUGGCUACCAAGUCCUCAUUGCUUCGGCGCUCGAUAACCCCCCGGCAGAACAGCGCGAUUUGAAGGAAAGCGAAUGGACAAUGGAUGAGGGAACAAAGGUCACGCUCGUGUUUGGAGACUACUCCAAGGAAAUGGACACCAUUGCCCAUCACAUUGAGGAGGCCAAGAAGUAUGCGGCCAACGAGCACCAGAUCGAGAUGAUGGAAGAGUAUUCCAAGAGUUUCCGUAGUGGCUCACUGCAGGCUUUCAAAAAGAGCCAGAUGGCGUGGGUACAGGACAAAGGACCCCAGGUUGAAUCAGAUAUUGGCUUCAUAGAAACCUACCGCGACCCUCACGGCAUCCGUGGUGAAUGGGAAGGUUUCGUCGCCAUGGUCAACAAGGAGCGGACACGUGCAUUUGGAAAGCUGGUAGAGAGUGCGCCACAGUACAUUCCACUUCUGCCAUGGGACAAGUCAUUCGAGAAAGACAAGUUCUUGAGCCCCGACUUUACCUCACUUGAGGUAUUGACGUUUGCUGGCAGCGGUAUUCCUGCCGGUAUCAACAUCCCCAACUACGAUGACAUUCGGCAAAACUUUGGCUUCAAGAACGUGUCAUUAGGAAACAUCCUCUCAGCGAAAGCACCAAACGAGCCUAUUCCUUUUAUCAAAGAACGUGACCUAGAAACGUAUCAAAAAUACCGCGAUCCUGCUUUCGAGGUUCAGGUCGGACUCCAUGAGCUGCUCGGUCAUGGCUGUGGCAAACUACUUCAGGAGACGGAGCCUGGUGUGUUCAAUUUUGACAAGGAGAACCCACCCAUAUCGCCCCUCAGUGGUCAGCCUAUCAAAACGUGGUACAAGCCCGGCCAGACAUGGGGCUCAACUUUUGGUUCCAUGGCCGCGUCGUACGAGGAAUGUCGCGCUGAGUGCGUCGCCAUGGCAUUAUCGUGCGAGUUCCCCAUCCUGCAGCUAUUCGGAUUCGGUGAUGGAAAAGUGGACAUGAACAGUGCGGCUGGUGAUGUCCUGUACAUAGCAUAUCUCCAGAUGGCACGUGCUGGUAUCGCUGCCCUGGAGUUUUGGGACCCCAAGAGUAGGAAGUGGGGACAGGCACACAUGCAGGCCCGCUUCUCUAUCUUGCGAACCUUCCUCAACGCGGGCGUCGAAUUCUGCCAACUUGAAUGGGAGAAGGAAGACCUUUCCGACUUAACGAUUCGCCUUGAGCGCGACCGCAUUCUCGACCUUGGCCGACCAGCCGUGGACGACUACCUCCAAAAGCUGCACAUCUACAAGGCUACCGCAGACGUGGCUGCUGCGAAGCGUAUGUACGAUGAAAUCACAAGCGUAGAGCCUUUCUACGAGAACAUGGUCAGACCAGCUGUGUUGAGAAAGAAGACGCCACGCAAGGUAUUUGUGCAAGCCAACACGGUCGAGAAAGACGGCAAGGUAGAACUUGUCGAGUACGAAGCAACCACCAAAGGCAUGAUCCAGAGUUAUGCCGACAGGGAAUAUGUCUAA